AUGGAAGUUAGUGAUGAGCAACGAGUUAUCCUUGCUGUUUUUGUACUGAAGGGUAAUGCAUUGGAAUGUCUUAUGGUGCAAAAGGAAGCUGAGUUCAUUCGCAUAGCACAAGGUACUCAAUCAGUGUAUGAGUAUGAGCGGAAAUUUGCUGAAUUAUCCCGCUUUGCUCCACACAUGGUUGACACAGAAGCAAGGAAGGGUAGGCAUUUUGAAAGGGGUUUAAGGGAGGAAAUUCAGGGACUGGUUUCCAUGUUCAAAUGGGAAACAUAUGUAGAGGUGGUAGAUCGAGCUCUCAUAGCAGAGAGAAAUUGCAAUCAUCUCUCAAAGGCCAAUGAUCAGGAGAGGAAGCCAAAUCAGAGUAAUUUUCUUAAGGGAAAGUCUAGUGGAAGUUCAUUCAAGAAGCAAGGGGUGCCUAAUUCAAAUAAGAAGGCACACAAGACUUGUCCAAGAUGUGGAAAGGCUCACAGUGGAACAUGUUAUUUGGAGUCAGGGGCGUGUUUUAAAUGUGGCAAGACUGGACAUUUCAUCGAGGAUUGUCCAAAUUUAAGAGCUGAGCAAACUACCAAUACAAAUGGAGCCAACAAAAACCCAAGGUUCAAGGUCGAGUUUUUGCUCUAA